AUGGUGAACGUUCCAAAGACGAAGAAAACAUACUGCAAAAACAAGGAGUGCAAGAAGCACACCUUACACAAAGUUACCCAAUACAAAAAGGGUAAAGAUAGCAUUGCUGCCCAGGGAAAGCGUCGUUAUGAUCGGAAACAAUCUGGUUAUGGUGGACAGACCAAGCCCGUCUUUCACAAAAAGGCUAAAACCACUAAGAAGAUUGUUUUGAGGCUUCAGUGUCAAGGCUGCAAACAUGUUUCCCAACACGCCAUUAAGAGGUGCAAGCAUUUUGAAAUUGGUGGUGAUAAGAAGGGAAAGGGAACAUCUCUGUUUUAG